AUGCCCGACCUUCCAAGCGCGCAGCUGGCUGCUCUCGCUCAUCUUCAGAUAGUAAAUUAUUGCAGAGUUGCUCCUGCGGCGAUAUGGGCGUUGGAAUUCCUUUUGACGUUUGAUGAUGAGUUAAGGGUAAUUUGGAAGGCAAAGAAAUGGAGCUAUACCCACGUCAUGUUCUUCAUCGUGAGGUACCUCCCAGUACUCGGCUUUGCGUUUUCCAUCAUACAUUCUUUUCCCCGCCAAAAUUUCUCAAUGUGUCUAUGGGCAUACAAACUUAACGGAUGCGCGCUAGUGAUCCUCAUGCUCACGACCGAAGGCAUAUUAUGCCUCCGCACCCUCGCGCUUUGGUAUAACCGUCGGAUGGUGAAAAUUGCUCUGGUGACUUUAUACCUGCUCGUCUGCAUAGUGACCACUGUAUGCAUAGCGGUGGUACGAUUAUCCACCGACCCCGAUGGUAUCUGCUCUGCGUCAAUAAUGCACUCGCCGAUGCCACACUCGACGCUUGGGAGCACUGAGGGGAACCUGCUAACUGGGGGGUUCUCCACCGCUGCCGGAUUCGAAUUUGUGAUUGUCUGCUUGACGCUGGCGCGCAGCUCUGAAAUCGGCGGGAUUAGAACCUCCAGUCGCCUUCUAAUGUCGCUACGCGAGGGAAACUUGUUGUAUGCGGUGACCCUUUUUGCCAUGUCAACGGCAAAUAUGGUUUUCUCCCAUCUUCCAAUGAACGAGGGCUGGAUGGGCCUCCUCGACGGGUUUCAAGGCGUGCUACACGGUGUUAUGGCGUCACGGAUCGUCCUCUCGUUGAGGAAUGCCGACAGCCUUACAGGUGUAGACCGGCUUCCGGAGUCGGUGGCCAAUAUCUCUGUAGGGCCUAUACAGUUUGCGUCGCCACCGGAGGAGGCAACUGGAGUUGUCAGCACGCCAUCGCAGAAUUAUUCCCAUGCAUAG